CAUUUUGUUUACAUUCAGUUCAGCGAUGCUGCCUUUAGUGCAUUUUGACCACUGAUAAUAUCCUUCAGAUAAGGUUAUGAAGAUAAGGAUAUUUAUAGCCAUGGAUAAAAGUCAAGAAAAAGGAAAACAGGUUGGUCCAUCAAAUCGAUAUGUGCUGUGCCAGAUGCCACCAGAAUGGGCGACUCUGCCUGUACACAAAGGUUGUCAGUCUUCUACAAAACGCAGCAGCAUCGCAGUUUAUACAAAGAGACGGCGAAACAACAUACUCAUUUAUAAGGGAUUCAUUUGCCCAUCUGCUCCUGCGAAGAUGCCGAUGUCAGUGCUGCACCCACCGCCAAGAUCCAGAACCUUCGGGAUGAAGCUUGCAAUGCUACAGGAGAAGCUCAGAGCUGAGGCUGAAGCUCAGGAAGAAACCUCAGAACCUGAAAGGAUCAGAGUGGAAGUUCCUGCAGCGAGCGGCGCACCAGAAGAACAUCCUGUCGAAGCUGUGUGCAAAACGCCAGACGGUGAAGAAACAACCAUCGAGCCUAAACAGAAGAUAGAAGGAGUCGAGGAAACCGACACCGAUUUUCUGCCUCUAGAAGAAAUCCUCGACAUUGAGGAAAGCGCUUCUCCAGUCCCGCCCAAAGGAGGGACAGAUGACUUUUGGGAUUGUUUUGAACCUAGGGAGGACAUGACAAUAGACAUGGACUCUUUUUGUUUGAACUCAGAUUUUUUUAUGCAGCUGCUCAGUCCAGCCACGCCUGCUGACAGUGAUGGCGAUGACUUCUCCCUUGAAAACUUCCUAAACCUGGAUUAGUGUGAAGGCUGUGGAUUCCAAAUGUUUUGUGAAAAAUAUGUUCUGAAUAACAAUUAAAUUGUGUCUUUUCCUGGACAAACUCA